AUGCAAUUCUCCGCAGCCAUUCUCGCCCUCGCAGCCACUGUGUCGGCCGUCGACCUCAGGUCUUACACUUCUACUGGCUGCACCGGUGGCUGGGUAGGCUGCCCAGGCAUCAACCCCGGCGUCUGCUGUGUGUUCAGCGAAGGAGCCGGUAGCGGUAGACUGAGUGUUUCUGUCAACGCCAUCCCCCGCGAAUGGCGCAUCCAGGGCGAGGCUUACACCGGCGGCGGCUGCCGAUACAUCGCAAACCAGCAAAACUCCAACGGUAACACCGACAUCUGCAUGACGUACAGUUCGCGCGGCGACCGCACCGGAGGUAUCUACAGGUUCGUCGGCCGCAAGCGUGCCGCCGACGAGUCGUGCCCUGCCGAGCAGCCUAACGGUGAAAAGUGUGAAUCCGCUGUCAAGGCUGACUCAGUUGGUCUUGCGGAUGGCACUGUGUACAACAUUUCCAGCCUUGCCGAUGAGAAGGUCGCGGAGUUGUUGAAGAUUGCCGACACCGGCGCUGGUGCCGACGAGGUUCCCGCCGAGUUCCAGCCCCUGCGCCGCUAG